UGGAAAGUGUGGAAUAUGACACUGACUGCAGAGUGGAAAAUAAAGUGUUCUUGGAGUAAAGCAGAACCUCAUGCCAUUUUGAUCUUCUUUGCGCUAUAAUUGAUGCGAUUUGAUGGAUCUGAAAGAAUGGUGAAGGAUCUUGCUGACCAUUAUAUAACAAUCCAGUGAGGUCAUGGCAGAAACUCUCCAGAAUCUCAAAUCAGUGUAUGAGAAGUGGGAGGGAAAGGGAGCGACCCCCAGACAACAGCAGUUACAGUCCACUCUGAAUGGUAGUGUGGAAAAAGUUUAAAACGAUGGCCGCCAGUCCUGGAGAAAUAAAUAUGGUGAUAGUAUACGACCGCUCCAGUUAGGAGGAGACAAGCAAGAGGAAUUACCCCAAAUACGCUCGGUGCAAAGUGUGCAAUCAGAUAACCUGGCUACCUUCAAAACCACUCCUAUAGCAGAUGCUGAAGAUUUUAGAAUGACUCGCCCCUUCAUGGGGCAAUGCUGUCAGUGUAUGCCGACAUGCAGGAAAAGUCUGUUGACCAGUUCUUGCUCUCAGAUGGGCCUGCGCAAUGUUCUGAACAUCCAGCAUGAACUGAGAAAUCGAGGUCCUUUGGCGAAGAUUUUCUCACACUCAGCAUAUUUAUUACAGAGAAGGACUUUCUACAAGUACACAAAUGUCUCUGUUGCCGUUCUUGCCAGUUCAAGAGUUCAGGGUGCUGUCCACCAACCAACUUCACUUACUCAAGUUGUGGAAGAUAUGGAGGAUGACGAGACAAGCUCCAGAGAAGAGAAGAAAGCUCUGUGCAAACGGGAGAAGAAAGCUAAAUCAAUGCUGAAUAACAUGAGAGCUCAUGUUUCUUCCCUCCUAGUCUCAUUUACAGGUUGGUUCUUGUUGAAGUUUCUGUCAUUAAUGACCAGCAGUAUUCAAGUUCAUAAAGGCCAAAUGCAGCUGGUGAAAAAAGCCACAGAGAAAUCUGUGCCGAUGAUUUAUGUGCCGUUGCAUCGCAGCCACCUGGACUACAUCCUGGUGACAUUUAUCCUGUGGCAUUAUGACAUUAAGGCUCCUCAUAUUGCUGCUGGUGACAACCUCAAUAUACCUGUGUUCAGUUGCUUGAUGAGAGGUCUUGGAGCCUUCUUCAUUCGGCGGCGCCUGGACAAGCAAAAGGGGAAAAAGGACAUAUUGUACAGAUCUAUUCUACAAUCUUACGUUGAAGAACUGUUGAGGAAUGGUGAAGGUAUUGAGUUUUUCAUAGAGGGAGGCCGAAGUCGCACGGGGAAGGCUUGCAGCCCAAAGGCUGGUCUACUCUCUGUUAUAGUGGAUGCAUACAAAUCAGAGAUUAUAGAAGAUGCCUUCAUAGUACCUGUUACAAUAAAUUAUGAGAAGUUAUUGGAUGGCAACUUCAACAAUGAGCUUAUGGGCAAACGUAAAACUAAGGAGACUUUCUGGGGUGCUGUGAGAGGAAUUGUUCGAGUUGUCAAUGGAAACUUUGGCCAUGUCAGGAUUGGUUUCUGUCAACCUUUCUCCCUUAAGGAAUUCAUGGUGUCACAGGCGUGUCAGUCCAGCCGAGCUGCUUUAGAGUCUGUCACUGAGCCAAGUCCGGUUUCGCCUUCUCACUCUGAAGACUGUGCUCAAGACUCUCCCCCAGAUGGCUUCCGCAGUCGACACGGCAGCUUUUCCUCCCUCCUCGGUUCUGAAGUGGUGAACAGUGACCAGAAAGAAGUUGUCCACAAUCUGGGACGGCACAUUGUAUAUGAUGCAGCUCACAGCACAGCCCUGAUGAGUACCAACUUACUCUCCUUCCUUCUCCUCACCAAACACAGAGAGGGAACUUCUCUGGUGACGCUCAUAAACAGUUUUGCUUGGCUCCAAGACGACUUGUCCAUCCGCAAGAGAGACGUUGGCUUUUCGGGCAGCCUGGAUGAUAUUGUCAACCACGCCCUUGGACUGCUAGGUGAUGAACUCGCUAAUCCCAGGCUGGACAAGAAUGGCAAUUUGGUCAUAAAGCCAAAUUUGAGCUUACCACAUGUGCUGGAGCUGAGUUAUUAUAGCAACGCAGUUAUCUCCCCCUACCUCCUUGAGAGUGUUAUUGUGAACUCAGUGUUUGCAGCACUGGACACUGGAUUAUCCACCAUGACAAAGAAUAUCUCAGAAGAUGACAUCUCCACCAGCAGGGAAAAGAUACUCAUAAUAGCCACAGAAUUAUGUAAACUUUUCCAGAAUGAGUUCAUUUUCAUUCCAUCCUGUGAAGAACUUCAUCAUAUGUUAGCUCAGACACUGGAGGAGCUGGUUACGUCAGAGGUGCUCCAUAAGGAGGAAACAAAGAUACUUGGGGCAUACACGGAAGAAGACAAGAAGUGGGCAAAAAACUUUGGCGAGAGUUUCAGCUGGCAGUCUCAGGAUUCAGACGAGGAGAAUUGGCCGCCUCAGGAUUAUCUCAUCAGUGUGAAUGUGGAAGAUUCUGAUGUUAUUGAGAGGCUGUCCUUCCUACAGAGCAUAUUAGGGCCUUACAUUGAGGGGUAUUGGACAACAGCUCUGACAAUAACAAAACUCCGGGAAAAGGAGAUGGCAGAGGAUGACUUUUUUAAACUUUUGCACAACAGUGCCAUGGAGAGAGUGAACAAAGAAUUGACCACAUACGCUGAGAGUUCAUCCAUGGAGAUUCUGAAGAAUGCGAUGAAAACAUUCCAGGAGCUAAAGCUGAUUGACUGUUAUUUCGCUGGCAAUCUGAAGAUGGUGGAGUUACACGACCAUUAUUUGGUGGAGGAAAAGCUUCAAGACUUGUUAGACCUGCUGGAAAGUCUACGAGAGUGAAGAGACAUGUGAAAUCUGACACUAGAUCUUGUGUUGAAGGUGAUGCCUGUACAGCAUCCUGGUGAGAUUAUGCAGCAGCCUGCCAUUUCUUACAGAGGACACCAGUGACAUUGACACAGCAUCCAGUGACAUUGAUUUUGCAUCCUGUGGCAUCUACUUAUGGUUAACAGACAUAAUGAUUUAGUUUUCGGAGGAAAAAAUAGAAUAUGAAUUGAAUGCUUCAAGAAACAAUGCUUCUUACCUCAGAACUCAAAAAAAGCUGUUUCUCGGUUUUUAUUGGGUAAAUGGGAAUCAAGACACAUUCAGAUAGUCCCGAACAUAAUACUAUUAUUCCCUCUUCAAGCACUAAUGUGUGCAAAGGCAGCCCACAUGAACUGCAGAAGCUUCCUUAUUUUGCUGUGAAAAGCUAAUGGGUUAUUGUCUCCUUUGUUCAUUUAAAUGUCCACUUUUGGUCAAUUCGGUUUCAUUGGGCUUUUAUGAACAAUUGCAUGUGUGUGGCCCAGAAAUGCAGUUGUAGGCAUACCAAAUACCAUAGAUGGUCAACAUUGUGAUAAUUUACAGCAUACAACCUGACACAAGGUUGUGACGUGUGAUCUCCACUCCGAUGUGGAUAUUUCUUGGAAGAGAAAGUGUGAUAUAAUUAAUAACAUAAUAAGUAUUUUGGUUACUUUGAUUUAUGAAUUUCUUGGAGCUGUGCUUUACAUCUGGCUGCACUGCAGUUAGCAGACCCAGAUAUGAGAGAAAAAAUUAGUCACAGACAUUCCUGGUUUACAACUUAGAUUGGAAAGCUGAUGUAAGUGGCAAUUUCAGACAUAAAUGUGGUAUACUUUUGCAGAUUGUUAAAAUUGUUUGUGUAAUAGUUUCAUACAGUAGUAUUUGUGAUUAAUAUAUCCCUUUGUAAUAGUAGAAUCGUGUCCUAAUUUUUGCUAAGGCGUAUAAUAUAUGUUGGAACUAAACCUUGAAGUUGAAGAUUGUUACAAAAUGUUGGAUGUUGUAUAGUUACGAUUAAGUGUCAGAUUGUUCAAGCCAUAACCUACUCUACCAAUAUUGUCAGAAUAUUAGUGGAGGUUAUAAUAGUAUAUUGAAGAACAUCUUCAAUGCUCAGUGCCCAAAGAGAUUUGUCAUUGUAUAAUUUAUUAUGGAAUCUAUACAGAGAGUUAUGUUCACCUACAUGUAGUUCUUACAAGCCAGUGAUUGUUGUGUGUCCAUGUGGAAGAAAAAAUGAGGGUAGAUAUAUGUAUGGUUCUGUAUGAGCCCCUCUGCUAUCCCAGCUCGUGUAGGCAACUGCAUUAGGGUACCAGUCAAGAGAGUAUUUGGGCGCUCCUGG